GUGCAAGUAGAAAAACUUAUAACUUUACUUGGAGACGUUAUAAGCCAAGACAAAGCCUCUUUUUACCGGUGCAUUACAUAUAUAUAUAUAUAUUUUAUAAAUAUUUAUGUAUAAUAUAUAAAUAAAGUUAUCAUGGCUGAUCAUGUUGGCGAGCAAGUGUUCUUACUGUGAAAUUUAUCUGGAUAAUUAUUAUUGUUAUUUAGAUUUUUUUAUUGUAAUUUUUUUUUUUAAUUUGGAGUUUAUAAUUGUUUGUUAAUAUUUAAGGGGAUUAGUAGAGGAAAAGUUACUGAAGUGAAUGGUGAAAGAAAUAAAAGCAUUGCUCGAGAACUGAUGGCGUGAACGCCCAGAUUUAAAAAAGCAAUCGGGUGGGGACGGAGGAUAAUCUGGAGGUCGGAGGUGAAUGUAAAUGUGCCGAGACUGAGAAAGAAAGUCGGAAGGAAGACGUAUAUGUGCUUUUAAAAUAUAUUAUUAGUGAGUAAUAUCUCGGCAUAUAUGUAUGUAGGUAUUAACGCUGAUGUGUGGAUUGUGGACGCAGGAAGGUAGAGUGUAAUAAGUGCUAAUUUAGCAGAGACCUUGUGAUGGUCUAGUUACUGGUGCUCGCUGGUUAUUGUUAAUUAUUUUCUACAAUACGUGGUUAGUUUUAGUUAACAGUUGUUUAUAUUUAAUAUUGAUAUUUUUUGGAGUUGGUGCGGAUUAAGUUUGAGAUUAAAAUGGCGAAUUCAUUAACGUGGUCGUGCAGUUGUUGUUUGAGGUUUAAAUUUAGUCCUGAAGAAAUAGAACAGAGGUACAAGAGCCAGGAAAUAGAUCGGAUGCUGGAGAAAGAUCGACAAACAUUUAGGCGACAGGUUAAAUUGUUAUUGCUUGGUGCUGGUGAAAGUGGAAAAUCAACAUUUCUUAAACAGAUGCGAAUUAUUCAUGGAAUUAAAUUUGAGCCGGAGCUAAUUAAGGAGUACCAGCAUGUUAUCUACCAAAAUAUAAUAAAAGGAAUGAAGGUGCUGGUGGAUGCUCGAGAUAAGCUUAACAUACCCUGGGAAAAUCCUAAGAACUAUGACAUAGGUUAUCAAUUGCUGAAAAUAGAAAACACAAUGAUCCUAGACGCGAGAUUAUUUCUCUAUUAUGUUCCCUCAUUGUACAGCUUGUGGAGAGACGGGUCUAUCAGGAAAGCCUUCGACAGAAGAAGAGAGUUUCAACUGAGCGACUCGGUACAGUAUUUUUUGGAUCAUUUGGACAGGAUUGCACGGGCGGAUUAUGUACCAACGCACCAAGAUAUACUUCACUGUAGGAAAGCAACAAAAGGAAUAUCGGAAUUUGUAAUACCAAUAAACAAUAUACCGUUUUUAUUUGUGGAUGUCGGUGGUCAAAGAUCACAAAGGCAAAAGUGGUAUCAGUGUUUCGAUUGUGUAACGUCGAUACUUUUUUUAGUUUCAACAUCUGAAUUCGAUCAAGUUUUAUUGGAAGACAGGAGGACAAAUCGGCUUGAAGAAUCAAGGAAUAUAUUCGACACUAUAGUAAACAAUAUGAUAUUUGGUGGAGUAUCCAUAAUAUUGUUUCUCAACAAAACGGAUUUACUCGAAAAAAAAGUCCGUACGCCCGAGACAAAUCUGUGCUGGUAUUUUCCGCAAUUUACAGGCGAUUCACAUUCCAUGAAAGACGUGCAGAAUUUUAUAUUAGAUAUGUUUAUAUCUGUAAAAAGGGACCCACGUAAACCUCUAUUCCAUCACUUUACAACUGCCGUAGAUACGGAAAACAUAAAAGUUGUUUUUAAUGCCGUAAAAGAUACUAUUUUGCAUCGUAAUCUCGAAUCUUUAAUGCUCCAAUGAUUCUUUGCAAAAAAUUAAAAUAAUUUUAUUUUAAUAAUUAAAUUAUAAAUUAAGUUUUAUUUAUUUUUUUAAUUUCUAUUGAAAAAGUUGAGAACAAAUUUAUUUUUUAAUGCUUAUUUAUUUAAUUGCGUUCUUUAAAAUAUACAUUUAAUUAGAGUAAAAAUGAGCAAUAAAAUUGUGUGUGUUCUUCGCGCGAGAUACUUUGUCUUAAAUCAACAACGCGAAUUUAUAAUUCUUCACACAGCCAUAAAAAAAAUCUUCCAGUUUAUAUGCUUGAAAACUAUUUUGGAUAAAAAAUUUGUUUGUAAAUAAUUUAUUAUCUUUAUAAGUUUACAAUAAUUAUAGAUUUUUAGAUAGUGUAAAUAUCUAUAUAUUAUUAUUAUUAUUAAUUAAUAAUUAAUAUACAUUAUUAUAUAUUUAUACAGAACAAAAGACUAUUUGCAAUAGGCUUGGGUAUAAAGUUGUCUCUUAACAAUUUGCCGGAAAGUUCAAGCUAUUUUUCUCACCCCACUUUUUAAUUAAUUAAUUGUAAUAAUUAAAAAAAAUCGUUAUUU